AUGGCGUCGGAAAACAGCCCGGAAUCCCAAGAUGAGAAAACAGCCCUUCUAGAGAGGACCCAGAACCAGAUGCACAUCAGGAAUGUGGCAACGAUUGUUAAAGCAAGCGGAUCGAAACUCACGCUUUAUCACUGGACGCAGUCCUUCAAUUCCCAGAAGGUGCGUCUGGCCAUAGCAGAGAAAGGUUUGCUCUGUGAGGAGUAUGAUGUGAGCCUGCCUCUCCGUGAACACAACGAGCCCUGGUUCAUGCAUCUGAAUCCCACUGGUGAGGUGCCGGUUCUAGUCCACAAUGACGACGUCAUCUGUGACUCAACUCAGAUCAUGGACUACCUGGAGCAGAGUUUCAAUGCUGAAGGCACACCUAAGCUGAUCCCUGAAGAGGGCAGCACAUACUACCACAGAGUGCAGCACUACAGAGAGCUGCUGGACUCACUACAGAUGGAUGCCUACACCCAUGGCUGCAUCCUUCACCCCGAGAUCACGGUGGACUCCCACAUCCCAGCAUAUGCUGCCGCCUGUAUACGAACACAGAUCGGACACACACAGUCUGAGCUGAAGAAACUGGCAGAGCAGAACCCAGAGCUCAAAGAAGCUUAUAUAGCCAAACAGAGGCGCUUGAAAUCCAAGUUGUUUGACCAUGACAACAUGAAGUACCUGAAGAAGCUUCUGGAUGAACUGGAGAGCGUGAUGGACCAGGUCGAGACAGAGCUACAGAGGAGGGUGGAGGAAACACCAGAAGAAGGCAGUCAGUCCUGGCUGUGUGGGGAUUUCUUCAGCAUGGCCGACGUCUCUCUGGCAGUCACCUUGCACCGCCUCAAGUUCCUCGGCCUCUCCCGCCGCUUCUGGGGCUGCGGUAACCGCGGUAACCUGGAGACGUACUACGAGCGCGUGGUGGAGCGCCCGGCCUUUAGGAGAGUGCUGGGCCAUGUCAACAACAUCCUCAUCUCUGCUGUCCUUCCUGUGGCUUUUCGCGUGGCCAGGAAGAACGCACCGGUUAUUCUUGGCACCACCCUGUUGAUCGGUGUUCUAGGGGGAGCUACGUACCUGGCUUUUCUUUACAUGAAGAAGAGGCUGACUGUGUCCUUCUGAGGGAAUGUUUGAGUUGCUUUGGGACUGAAAGGUCGAUAAACACAGAAACAUUUCAAAGUUAAUUCAUUAAGAAAUUAAUAAUAUGUAAAGGAAACAAAGGUUAAUUGUAUUGUUUUAUGUGUUGCUGGUUGCACAAAAUGCACUUUUUGUCAUUCUCAAUUCUGUAUUACACAUCAAAGGAUAAUACUGGUAAUUCUUUUGCGAUUUUUCAUAGAUCAUAUAGAUGUAUAACAUACAUGUGGCUUUGAAGCUCUACAUAUGAAGA